AGAUUUGGUCAUCAAAGAUAGAAAAAUGGAUUUAGUCGCUAACAAAACUGCUGAUUAUAUGACACAAGAGUAUUGGGAUGAGAGAUAUACAAAGGAUAACGGUGAUUUCGAUUGGUUUAAGAAAUACUCAGAUAUUCGUGAACAUUUAGCUCCUUUAAUUCCAAAUAAAGAUGCCAGAAUAUUGAUGUUAGGUUGCGGAAAUUCAACUCUAUCAAGGGAUAUGUACGACGAUGGAUACCAUAAUAUACUCAAUAUAGACUAUUCACCGGUUUGUAUUGAAAAAAUGCGAGAAGCAAAUAUAGAUAGAGUGGGAAUGGAAUGGUCAGUAAUGGAUAUACGCAAAUUAGACCUUCCAGAUAACAGCUUUGACGUUGCUAUCGAUAAGGGCACAAUGGAUGCUCUCCUCGCUGGUGUAAAAGAUCCUUGGAAUCCUUCAGAAGAGAUCGUUGAAAAUUGUGUCAGUGAAGUUCGCGAAGUUGAACGCGUAUUGAAGAAAAAUCCGGAGAGUAUUUUCAUUUACUUUACCUUCGGUCAACCGCACUUCCGGAGGUCAAUACUUAACGUCAAUCCAGAAUGGUCACUCACUGUCCAAGAGGUUGGUGAUUGGUUUAGUUACUUCUUAUACACACUUAAGUACAAUAAACUGUAAUGUAAUAUUAUAUUCGACAAAUAAACAAAAUCUACAUAUUAA